CAGCUGUCCUUGGUCUCGAGCGCUCACGACGUCUUCAAAGGUCGAAUUUUUCUUGCUACCCUCGCCCUCCUUUCCAACAAAAGGCGUUGGGAACAAUCCUCUCGCCCUCCUGGGCGGUUUUACUGCGGUUUCGGGAACGCUGGGCAGCCUGACAGCAUCACCCGCACUAGGCCCACGCUUUUCUGUCGCAGACCUCAGCACUCUGCCUGAGGGCUUCGGGGCUCUCUCGACAGGUCCUCGUGCUGUCUCAGGCUCCACUGAUGAGUUUUCAGGUGCUUUUGCCCUGGUGGCAGAGCGGAGCACUCGGUCACUGGAUAGGGCUUGUGCCUCACGCCCGGCAAAAACUGGCAUGGUGAUAGAUCCGACGCUGAGGGAGUCGUUGUCAAUUACAUUGUGAUACGAGACAUCGAAUUCGGCGAUCUUCUCGACCCACCGCGCCUGGCGACCCGACAAAUCACGCUGAUUCAUCAGGUGGAUCAGGCCCUUGUGGUCGGUGAUCCACUGGAAUCGGCAUCCCUGCAGGAUGUCGCGAUGACGCAGCAUCGCCUCGACGCCGCUUCGCGGAGAAGAAGGCUGCGACCUUGCCGCUCUUCCAGUCCCUGCCCUGCGAGACUACUCCUGCUACACCUGUGCUGCAUCCAUCCGUAACAAGGAAGAUUGGUUCCGCAUCUGGACCGUACGUCAAUGGCUUUCGGCGAUGCUCUCGCAGCUCCAACGGAACGGGACCGUGUCACCGGUCAAGGAGUGUAGUACCGCCAUGGGGACACGGACUAAGGCAAGGUCGUCCGCAAGGUAUCCGACAGAGCCCAGGAACCCGCGUAGAAGUUCACGGGUCCAUGCGAAUGCCCUUGUCGUCAACAACGCGGCCAAGCACUUUCAGUUCUGGCUGCAGGAACUGUAGUUUACUAACACCGAGUGUUCUUGAGUAGAUAAUAAUGUCAUCAAGGUACACGUCCAUGAAACGACCAAUGAAAUCCGAGAACAGGUAGUUCAUGAGCGAUUGGUAUGUCGCAGGUGCGUUACAGUCUCCCUGCUGGAGUACUAAGCUGACCAUAUUUCCGUCUGGCGUUGUCACCGUUGUCCGAGGCACAUGCUCAGGAACAAUGCAAAUCUGUUCGUAGGCGUCUUGCCCAUCAAUCAGUGAUCGAUAUGGGCAACGCGCAACUCGUCUCAGGAUCCCUUCCAUAUCUGGCAGGGGAGACGACAUCUUCAGUGUGUUCUUAUUCCGAGCGCGCAAAUCUACCACGACGCGUAGUCGAGGUGGAUUAGACUUCGCUUUUGGAAUGAGCAACAUAGGUAGUUUUUACGCUUCUCAUCCCAUUGCGGGCGCAGUGCUUCCGGACAACGUGAUGGUCGCCACGGCAGGAUCUUAUUCUCGUCAAUCAGAGCGUUCUUGCAUACUGGCUUAGCGUACUCGAUGAGCUCUUCUCGAGCUGCUUGCAGCGCACCCAUCUCAAGCAGGAGGGAGUUCGAGUAAACUCGCGCCGUGGCUACGCCUUGGAGAGCCACGCCGUCCCCAAGAUCAUAUCAUAGCCACUUAGAUUGGCUACGUAGAAUGUACGCGCACAAUCUAUAUCUUGGUACUGAAAUCGUACCUCCGUUGAGUGAUUGAUCUUUGAGCGU